GUGCUGCUCACUUGUUUUGUGCUGUGUGUUGAUUCUUGGAGCAGCAGUGAAGAAUCUCUAGACUCACAAUGACACAAACACUCACUCUGCUGCUGGUUGCUUCUUUGCUUCACUGUGUUACAGGUCAGAGUAUGGAGUCCAUUCCUUCCAGUCCUGUAGUGAAACGGCCUGGGGAGACUCUCAGUCUCUCCUGCAGAGGAUCUGGUUUCAGUUUUGGCAGCUAUGCUAUGAACUGGAUAAGACAAAAGCCAGGAAAAGCACUGGAAUGGAUGGGAGAAGGCUACACGGAUUCCAGCAGCAACAAAUACGUGAGCAGUUUGAGUGGACGAAUCGAAAUCACCAAAGACACCAGCAACAGCAUGGUGCAUCUGAGACUUUCCAACCUAAAGCCAGAGGACUCUGCUGUGUAUUACUGUGCCAGACACGCCUCCUACGCUUUUGACUACUGGGGAAAGGGCACGACGGUCACCAUCACAUCAGCCACUUCAAGUCAACCCACUGUGUUUCCCCUGAUGCCAUGUGGUUCUCAGAGUGGAGAUAUGGUCACUCUUGGCUGUCUUGCCAUCGGCUUUAACCCUCCUGCUGUGACUUUCUCGUGGACAAAAAGUUCCUUCCUUUGGUCCACUUCCUUGACAGACACCAUUCACUAUCCUGCAGUACAGAAAGGCAAUGUUUAUACAGGAGUCAGUCAAGUCCGAGUGAGGAGACAGGACUGGGAUGCAAGACAGACUUUUCAGUGUGCUGUAACGCAUGCUGCUGGGAAUGGACAGGCUUCUUUUCAAAAACCAUUGGUGUUUGAGCAGAAUCCAACUCUUAAAGUGAUUUCCUCUCCUGAUGUGGACGGUACCUAUACUGCCUCCUGCUUUGCCAAAGAGUUUGCACCAAAGAAACAUGAGAUCAGAUGGCUGAAAAAUGGAACAGACAUCACCAGGAAAAUAGAUCUGAUCAGUACAGUUUCUGAAUCAAGAAAGGCAGAUGGAAAGAAAGUGUACAACGCAGCAAGUUUUCUCACAGUAAAUUCCAAUGAUGUGAAUGAAGAUACUGAAUUCACUUGUGUGUUUACGGGAGGCCAAAGUGGAUCUUUGAAUAAAAGUGACAGAGACAACACACAAGUGGCGUUUAAGCAGAAUCCAACUCUUAAAGUGAUUUCCUCUCCUGAUGAGCACGGUACCUAUACUGCCUCCUGCUUUGCCAAAGAGUUUGCACCAAAGACACAUGCCAUCAGAUGGCUGAAAAAUGGAGCAGACAUCACCAGCAAAAUAGAUCUGAUCAGUACAGUUUCUGAAUCAAGAAAGGCAGAUGGAAAGAAAGUGUACAACGCAGCAAGUUUUCUCACAGUAAAUUCCAAUGAUGUGAAUGAAGAUACUGAAUUCACUUGUGUGUUUACGGGAGGCCAAAGUGGAUCUCUAAAUAAAAGUGACAGAGACAACACACAAGUGGCGUUUAAGCAGAAUCCAACUCUUAAAGUGAUUUCCUCUCCUGAUGAGCACGGUACCUAUACUGCCUCCUGCUUUGCCAAAGAGUUUGCACCAAAGACACAUGCCAUCAGAUGGCUGAAAAAUGGAGCAGACAUCACCAGCAAAAUAGAUCUGAUCAGUACAGUUUCUGAAUCAAGAAAGGCAGAUGGAAAGAAAGUGUACAACGCAGCAAGUUUUCUCACAGUAAAUUCCAAUGAUGUGAAUGAAGAUACUGAAUUCACUUGUGUGUUUACGGGAGGCCAAAGUGGAUCUUUAAAUAAAAGUGACAGAGACAACACACAAGUGGCGUUUAAGCAGAAUCCAACUCUUAAAGUGAUUUCCUCUCCUGAUGAGCACGGUACCUAUACUGCCUCCUGCUUUGCCAAAGAGUUUGCACCAAAGACACAUGCCAUCAGAUGGCUGAAAAAUGGAACAGACAUCACCAGGAAAAUAGAUCUGAUCAGUACAGUUUCUGAAUCAAGAAAGGCAGAUGGAAAGAAAGUGUACAACGCAGCAAGUUUUCUCACAGUAAAUUCCAAUGAUGUGAAUGAAGAUACUGAAUUCACUUGUGUGUUUACGGGAGGCCAAAGUGGAUCUUUAAAUAAAAGUGACAGAGACAACACACAAGUGGCGUUUAAGCAGAAUCCAACUCUUAAAGUGAUUUCCUCUCCUGAUGAGCACGGUACCUAUACUGCCUCCUGCUUUGCCAAAGAGUUUGCACCAAAGAAACAUGCCAUCAGAUGGCUGAAAAAUGGAGCAGACAUCACCAGCAAAAUAGAUCUGAUCACUACAAUUUCUGAAUCAAGAAAGGCAGAUGGAAAGAAAGUGUACAACGCAGCAAGUUUUCUCACAGUAAAUUCCAAUGAUGUGAAUGAAGAUACUGAAUUCACUUGUGUGUUUACGGGAGGCCAAAGUGGAUCUUUGAAUAAAAGUGACACAGACAACACACAAGUGGUGUUUAAGCAGAAUCCAACUCUUAAAGUGAUUUCCUCUCCUGAUGUGGACGGUACCUAUACUGCCUCCUGCUUUGCCAAAGAGUUUGCACCAAAGACACAUGCCAUCAGAUGGCUGAAAAAUGGAGCAGACAUCACCAGGAAAAUAGAUCUGAUCAGUACAGUUUCUGAAUCAACAAAGGCAGAUGGAAAGAAAGUGUACAACGCAGCAAGUUUUCUCACAGUAAAUUCCAAUGAUGUGAAUGAAGAUACUGAAUUCACUUGUGUGUUUACGGGAGGCCAAAGUGGAUCUUUAAAUAAAAGUGACAGAGACAACACACAAGUGGCGUUUAAGCAGAAUCCAACUCUUAAAGUGAUUUCCUCUCCUGAUGAGCACGGUACCUAUACUGCCUCCUGCUUUGCCAAAGAGUUUGCACCAAAGACACAUGCCAUCAGAUGGCUGAAAAAUGGAACAGACAUCACCAGGAAAAUAGAUCUGAUCAGUACAGUUUCUGAAUCAAGAAAGGCAGAUGGAAAGAAAGUGUACAACGCAGCAAGUUUUCUCACAGUAAAUUCCAAUGAUGUGAAUGAAGAUACUGAAUUCACUUGCGUGUUUACGGGAGGCCAAAGUGGAUCUUUGAAUAAAAGUGACAGAGACAACACACAAGUGGCGUUUAAGCAGGAUCCAACUCUUAAAGUGAUUUCCUCUCCUGAUGAGCACGGUACCUAUACUGCCUCCUGCUUUGCCAAAGAGUUUGCACCAAAGAAACAUGCCAUCAGAUGGCUGAAAAAUGGAACAGACAUCACCAGCAAAAUAGAUCUGAUCAGUACAGUUUCUGAAUCAAGAAAGGCAGAUGGAAAGAAAGUGUACAACGCAGCAAGUUUUCUCACAGUAAAAUCCAAUGAUGUGAAUGAAGAUACUGAAUUCACUUGUGUGUUUACGGGAGGCCAAAGUGGAUCUUUGAAUAAAAGUGACAGAGACAACACACAAGUACCACGGAUUGUCUCGCCAAACAUCACAUUGUACCCAGUCUGGGAUGGGGAAUUUGGAAUCUCAGCAGUAAGGCUCAUCUGCACAUUGAGUGACUUCUUUCCAGACAAACUUACUUUGAAGUGGGUAUGGGAUCAACAACCACUGAAUCAAAACAAGGCAAGCACAAGGAAGCUACAAAGUUCAGAGCAAGGGAAGAAAACCUUCAGCCUGAGCAGCGAACUCAAGCCAGAUAUGACAAUGUGGGCAAAAGGCUCAACUUUUACCUGCAUGGCUGAUCACAAUGGCGUUGAAUAUAACAGAACAAUAAACAUUUGUCACACUCUUUCAAGCUCCCCUCCCUUCAUUCAUGUGGAGAUUCCCAGCUUCAAGACUGUAAUGACAUCAAAUAACGUGCAAGUAACAUGUUUGGUCCACACUGACUUUAAUGCAACAAUCACCUGGCUGAUUGAUGGGAAAGCCACGAAGGAAAGAGUAGACAUAGAGAAAAACACAACUCAUAUAAACAGUAAUCUUAGAGUUCUCUCGACUCAAUGGAAGAAAGUGAAGCAUGUAACAUGCAGAGCAGAGCAUAAGUGCUUCACGUCUGCUGAGAAGACCAUAAAUAUUGCAGGUUCUCCAGUUAAUACUCCACUGGUAGAGAUCAGGCGAUCCCUUCCAGAUCUCCUGAAAGGAGAAAGUGCUGUGUUCCACUGUGACAUCAAACAACUGUCCUCACGUGACCUCUACGUCGCCUUACAAGUCAAUGAUGAAGAAAUACCUGAAAAAAAAUAUUAUAAUUUUGCUGAAGGCCCGGGCCUCCUUUCAAUCAGUAGUCAAUUCACUGUCCCUAAUAGGUACUGGAAGAAAGACACAAAAUUUACCUGCAACGUGAUUCAAGGCUUUUCCGAAACUUUUCAGUCAAGGUCCACCGGCUAUAUUUUUGUGGACCCAUCCAUGGAGCUUCUUCUGGUCCCCAGUAAAGGUUCAGGAUCACAGACUCUUUCAUGCUCUGGAUGGGGCUUCAACCCUAACAUUACAUGGUUGACUGACUCUCAGCAAAGAUCUCCAUCAACCAGUGAUAUCAGCAUGGGUGUAGAUGGACAUGCCCGAGUGACCAGUCAACUUGUAAUUGAUGAUUCUGAGUGGAAAACAGGAAAGAUCUUCACUUGUGAAGUGUCUGACAGGUCUCUGAACAAAAUGGUCAAGAAGGAAAUGAGCCUCUGCUCGGCUCUUUCAAGCUCUGCUCCCUUCAUUCAUGUGGAGAUUCCCAGCUUCAAGACUGUAAUGACAUCAAAUAACGUGCAAGUAACAUGUUUGGUCCACAGUGACUUUAAUGCAACAAUCACCUGGCUGAUUGAUGGGAAAGCUAUGAAGGAAAGAGUAGACAUAGAGAAAAACACAACUCAUAUAAACAGUAAUCUUAGAGUUCCCUCGAUUCAAUGGAAGAAAGUGAAGCAUGUAACAUGCAAAGCAGAGCAUAAGUGCUUCACAUCUGCUGAGAAGACCAUAAAUAUUGCAGGUUCUCCAGUUAAUACUCCACUGGUAGAGAUCAGGCGAUCCCUUCCAGAUCUCCUGAAAGGAGAAAGUGCUCUGUUCGAGUGUGUCAUCAAACAACUGUCCUCACGUGACCUCUACGUCACCUUACAAGUCAAUGAUGAAGAAAUACUUGAAAAAAAAUAUUAUAAUUUUGCUGAAGGCCCAGGCCUCGUUUCAAUCAGUAGUCAAUUCACUGUCCCUAAUAGGUACUGGAAGAAAGACACAAAAUUUACCUGCAACGUGAUUCAAGGCUUUUCUGAACCUUUUCAGUCAAGGUCCAUCAGCAAUAUUUUUGUGGACCCAUCCAUGGAGCUUCUUCUGGUCCCCAGUAAAGGUUCAGGAUCACAGACUCUUUCAUGCUCUGGAUGGGGCUUCAACCCUAACAUUACAUGGUUCUCUGAGUCUCAGCAAAGAUCUCCAUCAACCAGUGAUAUCAGCAUGGGUGUAGAUGGACAUGCCCGAGUGACCAGUCAACUUGUAAUUGAUGAUUCUGAGUGGAAAACAGGGAAGAUCUUCACUUGUGAAGUGUCUGACAGGUCUCUGAACAAAAUGGUCAAGAAGGAAAUGAGCCUCUGCUCGGCUCUUUCAAGCUCCGCUCCCUUCAUUCAUGUGGAGAUUCCCAGCUUCAAGACGGUAAUAACGUCAAAUGAGGUGCAAGUAACAUGUUUGGUCCACACUGACUUUAAUGCAACAAUCACCUGGCUGAUUGAUGGGAAAGCUAUGAAGGAAAGAGUAGACAUAGAGAAAAACACAACUCAUAUAAACAGUAAUCUUAGAGUUCCCUCGAUUCAAUGGAAGAAAGUGAAGCAUGUAACAUGCAGAGCAGAGCAUAAGUGCUUCACAUCUGCUGAGAAGACCAUAAAUAUUGCAGGUUCUCCAGUUAAUACUCCACUGGUAGAGAUCAGGCGAUCCCUUCCAGAUCUCCUGAAAGGAGAAAGUGCUCUGUUCGAGUGUGUCAUCAAACAACUGUCCUCACGUGACCUCUACAUCACCUUCCAAGUCAAUGAUGAAGAAAUACUUGAAAAAAAAUAUUAUAAUUUUGCUGAAGGCCCAGGCCUCCUUUCAAUCAGUAGUCAAUUCACUGUCCCUAAUAGGUACUGGAAGAAAGACACAAAAUUUACCUGCAACGUGAUUCAAGGCUUUUCUGAAACUUUUCAGUCAAGGUCCAUCAGCAAUAUUUUUGUGGACCCAUCCAUGGAGCUUCUUCUGGUCCCCAGUAAAGGUUCAGGAUCACAGACUCUUUCAUGCUCUGGAUGGGGCUUCAACCCUAACAUUACAUGGUUCUCUGAGUCUCAGCAAAGAUCUCCAUCAACCAGUGAUAUCAGCAUGGGUGUAGAUGGACGUGCCCGAGUGACCAGUCAACUUGUAAUUGAUGAUUCUGAGUGGAAAACAGGAAAGAUCUUCACUUGUGAAGUGUCUGACAGGUCUCUGAACAAAAUGGUCAAGAAGGAAAUGAGCCUCUGCUCGGCUCUUUCAAGCUCCGCUCCCUUCAUUCAUGUGGAGAUUCCCAGCUUCAAGACGGUAAUAACGUCAAAUGAGGUGCAAGUAACAUGUUUGGUCCACACUGACUUUAAUGCAACAAUCACCUGGCUGAUUGAUGGGAAAGCUAUGAAGGAAAGAGUAGACAUAGAGAAAAACACAACUCAUAUAAACAGUAAUCUUAGAGUUCCCUCGAUUCAAUGGAAGAAAGUGAAGCAUGUAACAUGCAAAGCAGAGCAUAAGUGCUUCACAUCUGCUGAGAAGACCAUAAAUAUUGCAGGUUCUCCAGUUAAUACUCCACUGGUAGAGAUCAGGCGAUCCCUUCCAGAUCUCCUGAAAGGAGAAAGUGCUCUGUUCGAGUGUGUCAUCAAACAACUGUCCUCACGUGACCUCUACGUCACCUUCCAAGUCAAUGAUGAAGAAAUAACUGAAAAAAAAUAUUAUAAUUUUGCUGAAGGCCCAGGCCUCCUUUCAAUCAGUAGUCAAUUCAUUGUCCCUAAUAGGUACUGGAAGAAAGACACAAAAUUUACCUGCAACGUGAUUCAAGGCUUUUCUGAACCUUUUCAGUCAAGGUCCAUCAGCAAUAUUUUUGUGGACCCAUCCAUGGAGCUUCUUCUGGUCCCCAGUAAAGGUUCAGGAUCACAGACUCUUUCAUGCUCUGGAUGGGGCUUCAACCCUAACAUUACAUGGUUCUCUGAGUCUCAGCAAAGAUCUCCAUCAACCAGUGAUAUCAGCAUGGGUGUAGAUGGACAUGCCCGAGUGACCAGUCAACUUGUAAUUGAUGAUUCUGAGUGGAAAACAGGGAAGAUCUUCACUUGUGAAGUGUCUGACAGGUCUCUGAACAAAAUGGUCAAGAAGGAAAUGAGCCUCUGCUCGGCUCUUUCAAGCUCCGCUCCCUUCAUUCAUGUGGAGAUUCCCAGCUUCAAGACAGUAAUGACAUCAAAUGAGGUGCAAGUAACAUGUUUGGUCCACACUGAAUUUAAUGCAACAAUCACCUGGCUGAUUGAUGGGAAAGCCACGAAGGAAAGAGUAGACAUAGAGAAAAACACAACUCAUAUAAACAGUAAUCUUAGAGUUCCCUCGAUUCAAUGGAAGAAAGUGAAGCAUGUAACAUGCAGAGCAGAGCAUAAGUGCUUCACAUCUGCUGAGAAGACCAUAAAUAUUACAGGUUCUCCAGUUAAUACUCCACUGGUAGAGAUCAGGCGAUCCCUUCCAGAUCUCCUGAAAGGAGAAAGUGCUCUGUUCGAGUGUGUCAUCAAACAACUGUCCUCACGUGACCUCUACAUCACCUUCCAAGUCAAUGAUGAAGAAAUACUUGAAAAAAAAUAUUAUAAUUUUGCUGAAGGCCCGGGCCUCGUUUCAAUCAGUAGUCAAUUCACUGUCCCUAAUAGGUACUGGAAGAAAGACACAAAAUUUACCUGCAACGUGAUUCAAGGCUUUUCUGAACCUUUUCAGUCAAGGUCCACCGGCUAUAUUUUUGUGGACCCAUCCAUGGAGCUUCUUCUGGUCCCCAGUAAAGGUUCAGGAUCACAGACUCUUUCAUGCUCUGGAUGGGGCUUCAACCCUAACAUUACAUGGUUGACUGAGUCUCAGCAAAGAUCUCCAUCAACCAGUGAUAUCAGCAUGGGUGUAGAUGGACAUGCCCGAGUGACCAGUCAACUUGUAAUUGAUGAUUCUGAGUGGAAAACAGGGAAGAUCUUCACUUGUGAAGUGUCUGACAGGUUUCUGAACACAAGCGUGACCAGAAAUGUCAGUCUCUGUUCAGCAACUCCAUCAUCAUCACACCCAGUUGGGGUUUAUGUCCAGGGACCACCACCACAGCUAACUGAGAACAAAGGACAAUUGACUAUUACCUGUCUUCUGGUCGGCCCUAAUCUUAAUGAUUUCUCCAUCACCUGGAGAGUAGGUGGCAACAAAAUUCCUGAUCAAGAUGUCCUUACUAAUCCCCCAGUGAGUCACAGCAAUGGGACAGAGACUCAACAGAGCUUCCUUAAUGUGUCAGCAGAAAAUUGGGAUGCAUAUAAACAAUUUUCUUGUGAAGGAAAACAUCUAUGUUCCAGUCAGGGCAAUGUAGACCAUAUAAGCAAAAGCAAAGUCCUCCGUGAGCCAACAGUGAAGAUAAUACAACCAACUGCCUCUGAACUUUCUAAGUCUGACAUCCUAACGCUUGUUUGCCUAGUGUCUGGAUUUUUCCCUGCUAACAUCAUAGUGUACUGGGAAGAAGAUGGCCAGACUCUCCCAUCCUCGCAUUACGUUCACAGUCCUCCAUGGAAAUACUCAGGGAGCAGCUCUUACUCUGUGAGCAGCAGACUAAACAUAUCCAAAACUGAAGACAAAAGGUCUACGUAUUCUUGUGUUGUCAAACAUGAGUCAUCUAACGUGCCCGCUGAAGCUACUAUAACUGAUGUGUUUGCCUCAGUGAUCUACAGCCAGCCAUCAGCCUACUUGUUUCAGGGCUCUAAUGAACUUGUGUGCCUGAUCUUUGGCUUCAGUCCUGUAUCCAUUAACAUCACUUGGUUUCAAAAUGGAGACACAGAACUGCUGAACUACAACACUAGUGCACCCCACAGAGGCCCAGAUGGAAAGUUCAGUGUCAAGAGCCACCUUGACCUGUCCCAAGUCAGAUUCUUACCUGGGGUGGUCUUCACCUGCAGGGUGAUCCAUGCCAACACCACCCUGUCCCUGAAUAUAUCGAAACCAGAUACGCUGAAAUAUUGUAAUAUAUUUGACAACAUUUUGCAUGCUGAUGUGAAUCAAGACACAGUUGAGGAAAGUUGGAAUGUGGUUUUCACCCUCAUUGGUUUUUUCAUCAUGGCCACCAUAUAUGGUAUCAUAGUUACAUUAUUUAAGACUAAAUCAUGAUGUUCACAGGACGGUUCCUGUGUUAUGACUGAAAUGUGGAAAUGCGUUUUAACUGCGUUUUAACAGCACCUGUCCUGACUAGUUUGAACAUUUAAUGCUUUGUGUUUCCAUUGUUAUUAAUGGCAUUGUUUAUGCUUUACAA